GCACCGAACAGCACUUCUGCACAGAGUGUAAGGAUGGCCUCUUCCUCACGCCCGACGGGACUUGCUCGUCAGCCUGUCCUGACGGUUUCUUCCACCUUCCCGGCGAGGGUGGCAUCGGUGGCGUGUGUCAGCGCUGUGCGGAGAACUGCACCAAGUGCGACUGGUGGGACAGCUGUCAGGAAUGCAAAGCUUCGCGGUAUCUGACACACUACCACUGGUGCACAGAGGAGUGCCCCGACGGCUUCUACGAAGAGGGAGAUGGAGAAGUUGGCAGACUCUGCCUUCAGUGCCCAGAGACCUGCAAUCUUUGCGAGAGCCCUGCGCACUGCAUAGAGUGCAAGAACUCCACGUAUCUCACUCCGGGACAUCAGUGCAAAGGAGACUGCCCAGCGGGCUUCUUCCACGAGGGCAUUUGGGACGUGGGGCGCACCUGCCAGCCCUGCGAGCGAAACUGCCAUCAAUGCCUUUCCGCUACCGAGUGCAUACAGUGCAAGAAUAGCACCUUCCUCUCGGAAAAGCAGGACUGUGUGGAGGCCUGCCCGCCCGGAUAUUAUGGCCAGGGCGAACAGAUUAUCGGAAACACGUGUCACAAGUGCUCCAAAGACUGCGCGCUGUGCGACACCCUAGAGACAUGUCUCGAGUGUACCAACAACACGUACCUCGUGGAUGACAGUUAUUGUGCUGGCGAGUGCAAACAAGGCUUCAUCGAGACGGGUGAGACAAUAAAUGGCCGCUUUUGCGACGAGCUUUGCUUCUGGUGCGAAUGA